AUGUCCGCUAGUAGUGCAUCUUCAUCAAAUAAUCGAGUAUAUGAUGUAACAUCUUUACCACCACGAUGGCUUGAAUGUCCAAGAAAAUCAACUAUUAUUGCUGACAAAUUCAUUGCAUUCAAGACACCAUUAGAUAAUCGAUAUGACGAUAAAAUUGCGAUUCAUCAAAAAUGGACAUGUUCUAUGUUAAUUACGGCUGCUAAAACUGAGCGUAAAAAGAUUGGUUUUAUUAUUGAUUUAACAAAUACAGAACGAUUUUAUAAUAGUGAUGAAGAAUUUACAAAGAAAGAUAUUAAAUAUGAAAAAAUCCGAUGUCGAGGACAUGGUGAAACACCUAAUGAAGAGCAAAUAAAUACGUUCAUUAAAGUUUGUGAUCAUUUUUUCAGUAUGAAUCCAGAUGAGAUUAUUGGUAUUCAUUGUACACAUGGAUUUAAUCGUACCGGAUUUUUAAUUUGUGCAUAUCUUUGUCGUGUAGAUGAUAUGAGUAUUGAUGCUGCAAUUGAUAUGUUUUCUAAAGCUCGACCACCUGGAAUUUAUAAACAAGAUUAUCUAGAUGAAUUAUUAAAAAAAUUUGGUGAUGAAAGUCCAGGUGCAAUAGCAGCACCACCUCGACCUGAUUGGUGUCUUACUAACAGUGAUGAUGAAGAUGAACCAAAUGAACGACCAAUUGGAAAUGGCGGUGUUAAACGUCCACGUAAUAAUACUAUUUUUGAACAACAAAAUAAACGAGUGCGAGAAGAACCACGACUAAAAUCUAAUCCACAAUUUGCUGUUAGUCUUCCGGGUGUUACUUGGGUUUGUAUAGAACCUACAAUGUCAAAUAUUCAAUUGAAAUGUCAACGAAUGUGUGAAUGGAAUCGACGAGGUUUUCCUGGUUCACAACCCGUAUCAAUGGAUCAUACUAAUUACAAAACAAUUGUUCAGUCUCCAUAUAUGGUUAGUUGGAAAGCUGAUGGUACAAGAUAUAUGAUGUUAAUUGAAGAUGAAAACAAAAUUUAUAUGUUCGAUCGUGAUCAUAAUGUUUUUGAAAUUAGUCAUACUCGUUUUCCUAAAAAUGCUGAAUAUACAAGUCAUUUAACAAAUACACUUGUUGAUGGUGAACUUGUAAUUGAUAAUGUCAAUGAAGUGAAAGUACCAAGAUUUCUAAUUUAUGAUAUUAUAGUAUAUGAAGUAUGUUGA